GGGGAGAGUAUGCGGCGCUCAGGCCUCUUCCUCUUCGGCCGUCUAGAAGGCAGAGAAUUCCGCGGCAUGCGCGGUUUGGAGUUGGGACGGCUCUGUGGGCAGGUUUUACAGAGGAGCAGUUUUGCUUCCCUUGCCGGUCAGUUGGCUUCUUUGAAUUCGUCGGCUAUUGGCUUUCCUUGGUCUCUUUGGCGGCUGGGGUGCAGAUUGGUUGGUACCAUUUCUGAUCAAAGUGAAACGAGCUUGUGCCUUGCUAGCUCCAAGCCAGAUAGCAGUGAUGGUCCUCAAAAGUUCCUGGAGACUCUCACCUCUUCUCCCACAGAGAACCAGAGACCAGUUAACCCCAGCCACUUCGGGAAGGUGGUUGAUUCAUUCUUGGACAUGGGGUUUAGUCAUGCUCAAAUAAAGGAGUUGUUCAGUGUGCAGCCCAGGCUCCCUUCUCAGGCGAGGUUGGCUGUCGUUUCAGAACUACUUCUCCUGGGUUUAAGCACUGAUUCCAUAUUGAAAGCCAUACAAAAGAAUACUGAACUGCUGAGAAUGUCACCAGAGCGCCUAAAGAAUCGUGCAGAUCUGCUGAGGAAAUUCAACUUUCAGGAAGGUAGUCUGAAUCACAUAGUGAUUCACUGUCCAAGCAUCUUCACCUUGCCCGAAAGAAGAAUUGAGGCUGUUAAAGAUCUCCUCAUGGAAAAAUGCCUCUUCACAGUUCAGCAAGUAUCUAAAAUUCUACAAACGUGCCCAAAUGUCCUGCUAGAAGACCUGGAUGAUCUGGAAUACACAUUCCAGUUUGCCUAUUACAGAAUGGGAGUUAAACACAGAGAAAUAGUGAAUUCUGGUUUCUUCCAAACAUCUCUGGCUGAUAUCAAGAAUCGAACCAUCUUCUUAGAGCGCUUGGGACUCUAUCAAACACCUGAUAAGAAGGGGCAGACCCAGAUUGUGAACCCCAAACUGAAAACUCUAAUCAGAGCGUCUGAAACUGAUUUUGUGACCAAAAUAGCCUGCUCUACAAUUGAGGAGUAUGAGAUUUUUAAGAAAUUGCUGGCCCGUGAAGAAGAACAGAAGUGGAAUGAGGAUGGGACACUGGAAGUUGAACUUUCAGAUCUAGAGAGUGAUGAAGAAUCAGAUACAAAAUGAUUUGAAAUUAAAUGGAUACAAUUUAUUCAUGUCUCAGUCAUUUUUUCUGGAAGUGGAAAGUGUAUGGUUUAUGAAAGGAGUGGGAAUUUGGAGUUGACUCUGGUCAACUUAUGGCUGUAUAACAAUAAUGAAAUAAGAAGCAAAAGGUUAGUUAUAGCAAAUCUAAGGGCCAAAAGAUAUCAGUUAUAAACAUACAACAUGAAUAUUGUCAAAUCUACAAAAUACAUGUAUUUAUUACAAAUCAGAUCAAAACAGAUACAGGCCCAAGUAGUAUAAUUGGUAUCUUUUGGCCCUUAGAUUUGCUGUAACUAACCUUUUGUGCCUUAAUUCAAUUUGUUUUGGGUUAAGUUUUUAUCCCCCUCUUCUUUGUUCCUUGUUGGUAAAAAUAAUGAAACCCAGAGCUUUGUGCCAUUUCGUGUGUGAGUGCCUUGACUGACUCCCUCCCCCAAUCUCCACAUAUAGGCCAUCACAGGGUGAACUGAAAUGGGACCUCUCAUUUGCUUUUUGAAAACUAGAAUAAACGUUUACUUUUCAAAAGCCUACUAUAGUUUAUAAGGAGAAAAAGUCUUGAAAAGCAUGGCUAUCUCCCUUUCUAGCCCACCUCCCUUUCCAAAUAUGUCUGUCCUGAAGAAAUAAUUCUAGCCAUAUUGUCAUGGAGUAAUUUCAGACCAUCGUAAAAGUGGUUGUUGCUAUAUAGAUGCACUCUGACCUGGACGGUCCAGGCUAGCCUGAGCUUAUCAGAUCUUGGACGCUAAGGAGGGUCAGCCCUGG